AUGUCCACAUUCGACGCACGUACGGCGCCAGGCGUGCAACCUAAAAAGCUCGAGAAGAAGCCCAUCAAGUUCAGCAAUUUACUCCUGGGUGCGGGUCUGAAUAUGUUCGAGGUCACAACCCUGGGACAGCCGUUGGAGGUCAUCAAGACGACCAUGGCGGCCAAUCGGACAGAUAGCUUCGCUGGCGCUCUACGAAGAAUAUGGCAACGUGGAGGAGCUCUCGGCUACUAUCAAGGUCUGAUUCCCUGGGCUUGGAUUGAAGCUUCCACCAAGGGAGCCGUGCUGCUUUUCGUGGCUUCCGAAGCAGAAUACUAUGCCAAAACCUUCGGCGCAUCCGAUUUUGUUGGUGGCAUCAGCGGAGGAAUGGUCGGAGGCGUCGCCCAAGCUUACGCUACAAUGGGUUUCUGCACAUGCAUGAAAACGGUCGAAAUCACACAGCACAAGCUCGCUGCUGCAGGCGUGAAACCCCCGAGCACAUUCCAAACUUUCAUGAACAUCUACCGCAAAGAAGGCAUCAGAGGCAUCAACCGAGGUGUCAACGCCGUCGCGAUCAGACAAACCACCAACUGGGGCUCACGAUUCGGGCUGUCCCGUCUGGCAGAGACAGCCAUCAGGAGAGCCACCGGCAAGGACGAAGGCCAGAAGCUAGGCUCGUUUGAAAAGAUCCUAGCCAGUGGUCUGGGUGGUGGGCUCAGCGCGUGGAAUCAGCCGAUCGAGGUCAUUCGCGUGGAAAUGCAGAGCAAGACCGAGGAUCCCAAUCGGCCAAAGAACUUGACCGUCGGCAAAACGUUUCGAUAUAUCUAUUCACAAAACGGAAUCAAGGGCCUGUAUCGUGGUGUCUCUCCGAGAAUCGGUCUGGGAGUCUGGCAGACUAUAUGCAUGGUUGCUUUGGGCGAUAUGGCUAAGGAAGCGGUCGAAAAGUUGACCGGGGAUAAAGUUACGGCGAAGCAUUAG